CGCCUCUGUCCAAUCAGACUGAAGGAGAGGCGGCCUGCGCGCGGCGUCAAUCACACUCGCGGAGUAGCUGAAGCGCCUCUCGUCUCGUUCGCUAGAGCCGCAGAUCACUCGAUCCUCCGCUGCUGCUGGAUGUGUACGGAACCCGCGCGCUCUUCUUUACGGACGCUCGCAAAUAUCGCACUCUUUCUGGAUUGUGUGUGUUUUUUUUUCUUCUUCUUCAUUUCUGAUGUUUCUCAAUUGCUCUCCGAUGCAGAGAAAUGGGUAAACUUCAUUCCAAACAUGCUGCUAUUUGUAAAGCGAGGGAGAGUCCUGAAGGCGAUAGUUUUGUAGUUAACGCGUGUUUGGCGAGGAAAGGAGCGGAAGACUGGAUGGUUAAGCAGAAGUGUUACUGUCCGAGCUCUCGUGUAGAUCAACAGGACUCCCAGCAGAAGAAUACCUGCGGACUGUCUCCACGGGACCCAUUGGAUGAAGGUUAUGCUGAAGGAAUCAGUGAUGAACAUUAUCGUUUAGAAGUGGCCCUGCCCCCUGAGAAGACUGACAUCUGUAGUGUGGAAGAGAGAAUGCAGGACACUGAAGGCUCAGCCACUGUCGGACCACACAAACAAUUACAGUUUGAGGAGUUGGAGUGUGCCGUAUCAGUUGAAGAAGAUAACAGGCAGGAGUGGACUUUCACCCUCUACGACUUUGAUAACAAUGGCAAGGUCACAAGAGAGGACAUCACCAGUCUACUGCACACCAUUUAUGAGGUGGUGGACGCAUCAGUGAAUCACUCGCCCAGCAGCAGUAAGACACUCAGGGUGAAGCUCUCCGUCGCCCCAGACUCCAGCCAGAGAUGGAGGAACUGCACCCAGACCAACACAGACACUCCCCAUCCCAAGCAUAAGGGAGAAAAGUGCAUUGAGGACUCCAAGACUUCGGACAAAAAGUCAAGAGCAAUUCUUAGGCGUUCCCAUGCUGACCAGCAAGGUUGUCAGCGGCACAGUGUGGAUGAGAACCUGGAGAGAAGAAACCAUUACCUUGACCUGGCGGGCAUUGAAAACUACACAUCCCGCUUUGGAACAGCUCCAGCCACAGAACCAGCAAAACCUCACCACACCGCGCGUUCAUCAAAUCAGACACGCUCACAUUCUCAGGAACCCGAGAAUGGCCACGCAUACCCCGCUCACCAUCGGCGCUCACAGACCAUCACCACAGAUCCUCCUGCCAUCCUCUCCCGGCACUCACACGCACUCCGUUCCCCCAAAACACACCGCACGCCACCCACACAGGCCUCCGCCGGUCGAGUGAUGAGAAGAGGAGCGCCCCCUCCCCCAGCAGUCCCCAACCAGACCCCUCCGCACCAAAGCUCAGGUCCUUACCGACGACACAAGCAGAGGCCUAAAGAAGGUCUGCACUACCGGCCUCUUGGGCCGACUGUGACGUCUGGCCCAGUCAUAGAGAAAGAGCAUGUGAGGGAUCUGCCCGGUCUGGUGCUAUAUGAAGGAGGACUAGCUCAGGUGGUCCAGCGACAUGAGCAUCAUCAUCAUCAUGAACAUCAUCAUCACUACCAUCACUUCUAUCAGUCCUGAUGAGUAAAACACAGACGCCUACAUAAUGGAUCUAAAUAAGAAGAACCACGAGGAACAUAACAAAUGAUCUUAAAUCUUCUUGCAUGGCCACAAUGAGGCUGAGAAGGACACAAAGAAUCAUGUUCAUGCCAAAGUGGCAGACAAUAUGUAAGCAUUUGUAUAUAGAAGUGUGUGUGAGUCAGUUUGAAUGUGUGCUGUUGUAUUCAGUUCUGUCUUUGGCAGCAGGAGAGGUUUACUUACUACGUAAGGGCUCUAUCUUUCCCUUUUCUCUUCUUUCUUGCUUUCUUUCUUUCUCUCUAUCACUCUGUCUGCCUACUUUGUUUUAUAUAUCUGCCUCUCUUAUCUUGUUAUAGUUAUUCUGUUUGGUUAAAAUGUGGUCAGCCCUGUUUAAUGAAGAAUUUUGAGUUGUAAAACCACUUUUUAAGGAAUACAAUUCCUUGGUUUUGUAAUUGACAUUGUGUGUGUGUGUGUGUAUGUGUGUGUGUGUGUGUGUGUGUGUGUGCGUGUGCGUACAAUCUGCGCUUCUAUGUGCGCCUAAGGUGUCUUUUUUACACUUAUCCUAUUGUUGUUUUUUUUCCACUGAAGACCACUUGAAAAGCACUUGUUGUGCCAUUGCAUUCGAGACACUUUAUCUAUGAAGAGCCUCUCUCUCCGAAACAACAGAUCUGAAUCAACACCUAUAAAAAUGCAAUACAGGACACAUGUACAUAAAAGAGCCAGUAAAGACGCUCAAGCCGUCAAAAAGGACAUUGUUGAAGGACAGUAUGAGAACUACUUUCUACCAACCUACAUGAAGAAAACAAAGCAUCAUAAUCAGCUGCUACCUCUAGUAUUAUUAUGAUUAUCGGUAUUAUUGACAUAAUUUUUAUUAUUCAGAUUUUUUUUAUUUGUCUGUCUGUUGUAAUAUCCCACAAAUCUGCAGUCAUGUCAAGAUGUAUGGGAUUUAAAUCCAUUGUAAGCUUUAUUACUGAAACAUUUCUAUUCAUAUGUUUUUUUUUUUUUUUCCUGUCCCCGUAACUUUAAGCUAAUUGCAUUCUAAGACCACUAGGCAUCAGAGUUUAUAGUGUAAUUAUGUGUAUCAGACAAUAUGAGUUCUUAAAAUAAUCUUCUGAUGAUUGUAGAAUAAUGUUUUGAAGCUUGUUAAAAAAAUAAUUUAUUUGAAAAACAUAUUCCUGUCACGUUUAUUGCAAGUCAAAAUGGGUCUAAUCAAAUGAUUGGAAAACAUUGAAUAUAUUUAUGUCGUAUGGCACAACAUUAUACCUGCUAAUGUGUUUUUGCUUGUUUAGUUGUGGUUUUAACAUUUCCUUAUCAGUUCAGUCAUAAGGCAGUUCAAGUUGUAAAGUGUAAAGGAAUCUAUGCUGGAAAGGAAAAAAUGUAUUUUUAUUUCUCAGGUUCAUUUCCGUUUGAGUCAUUGAUUUGACAAGACAAUAUUAUCGGUAUUGAAGGGAGCUGUAAACUGCUAGACUGAAGUUUUUUUUUUUUUUUGGUAUAGAAUUACCAUUUAGAGUUUUUAUUUCUUUCAGAAUCUAAGAAUAUGUCCUCAGACUGAAUCAGGAUCUUAUAGACAGUAUGGUAGUGCUUUUAGCUCAGUAUUGGCAGAAGUGAGAUGGGUAGCGAGAAAAAGAGUCCGGUUUAUCAGGAGUUCAUCUGUUCCCCUGCAGCAGUUUAAAACAGCAUUCAAAUAGUACAUUAUGAAUCUAUUUUAGGUUCGAUGUAUCCCUAGUCACCUAGGGGGAGUGAGUGAGUGAGUGAGUGUGUAUGGCAGCUGCCUCAUUCCUCAGAGGCAGGAUGACAGUAUCGCCACCGAGGAGUCUCCAGUCCUGCCAUAACUCACCAGUGCUCCACUGACAGAGACUUAAUGAGUGUGUGUGCAACUGAAUACAGCACUGCAGAAGAUUAUGAAACAAAACAGCCUUUGUUCAGACUCAGCAAAGCAGGUGUGUGUUGAAGCUCACAGCAGGUGUUUUAAUACUCCAGGUUUGUGUGAUAUGUCUCAUCUCUCUUUUUUAUACACAGAAAAAAAAAAAAACAUGUAUUGAAAGCUACUAAAAUGUGCACUUGCCCUUGAAAUUUUGGGCCUCAAUAUAAACACUAGAUAC